AUGCCAUGCUCACGAGAGGUUGAGGUGGCUCUGAGAUACCUCCAGCAAGUGGUCUCCUCGCAGAGCCCGCAUUUGAUAUUAAAUAGUGCAACUGCUGUUCUCGAUGCAGUCUCCGUUAACUGUGACAACAAGGAUAGGCGACUCCAGAAUGCACUUGUACAACUUUUGCGAUGCACUGAUCAAGACUGUAUACAGCCGGAUGCAAAACCAAAAACGCAAGAAAUUCGCGACGCCGCUGUGCGAAGUUGUCCACCAACAACGGACGCUAGUGUUAGUGAUGAUUAUCGAGUACCGCCUACAAUUCCGGAUAUUGAAAAAGAUCAAAAUCACAAAGGUCCAAGUACACCAAGCACAGAAAACCCUUCGGAAACUUUGGAAGAGGAGCGAUCGUUGGACGAAUUACUCAACAAGCUCAAUUUAAGACAGGUACCAAAGUUUUCUCCAACGUUCCCCGACUUGGACACAGGAGAAUCAGACGAUGAUUAUGCGAUCACCACGGAUGAGCGAAAAGAAGAACGAGAGGAAAAGCACGGGCAAAAGUUAUGCGAGGAAGAAGUCCAAAAAAUGCCGGAUGGUACGGAGUUCCGUGUAAAGAAAACUCGAACAGUCAAUGUACAGCAAAGCCGGAAACAUGUGACGAUAUCCAGUCGAGGAUCAGGUUGUCCAGGUGUCACACGCCAUUUUACUGACGGUAAAAGUGCGAUGCAAGAGGACGAAGAGGAAGAACAAGACGACUUUCUCAGACGUCCAUUUGAUGGAAUCCGAAGAAGGAGGCCCUCAAGAGAACUGGAAUUCACUGAUAGUCCUACGCCAGGUUUGGUUGGAAUUUUGUUUUCGUGUCUUUCUUGUCGAGCAUAUCUCGGGUUCUCGCAAACUGCUAUGGUUUUCUUCUGUCUGUCGUUUUGCUUAUCUUUUUGA